AUGGCGGCAUCUACCUCAAAGAGGAGAUCAGAAGAUAACCAUAAGGAUUUGCAAAGCUAUUAUUUUCUUAUGAACCCAUAUGGGUACCAAGCCAAGCUUGACCCAAAGAACUAUUAUAUUCUCUGGCUGCAUCUACCCAUCGAUAAGGAAACAACAAAUUAUGGCACUGUACGCAACCAAUGGGCCAUCCAACAUAUCGAUGGCUACUUGAAUUUUGCUAGGUUGCAACUUUACAGCAUCAUAUUAAGGUCGUUGCCAGCUUGA